GUAUUUCCUCCUCCAUCUAUACGACCUCUGCCACUGAUUGCUGCGCGGAUCGCGAUCUUUAAAAACAGACGGGCUCCGGCACUCCGCCGCCGCUUAGCGCCGCCCAUUGAUUCAGCACGCCGGUCGCCUCAGCAGUUAGCUUCCACCAAACGGCUAUUCAACGGCUUACAUUUUUCUUUUAUGCUGAGAAGCAGAAGGGGAGAGGGUAGAUUGAGUUGAUUACGUUAGUAGAAAGAAUGGAUCAGAAAGAAGCAAUGCCAGAGGUCAGUGCAUCGUUGGAGAAACGACCCGGAGUCCUCAUUGUUGGAGCUCCCAACGUUGGCAAACGUUCUCUCCUCUCUCGACUACUUUCAAUUGAUUUAGAAGACACACCAGACACAUCAUCUGGCUUACUUGCCUUUGGGUGGUCAAUCAACACGAAAUACUACACAGCUGAUGUUUGUGUUUGGUUGGCCAAUCUUCAUGAAACGUUUUCAGUCAGGGCUCUUCCAAUAGUUGAUCAGUUGGCUGCUUUGGUGAUGGUUUUUGAUAUAAGUAAUGUUUCAUCUUUUCAUGAACUUAAAGAAUGGGUCUCUCACAAUGAUAUCCAGAAGUUUGAUAUUUUGUUAUGCAUUGGCAAUAAAGUGGACCUUCUUCCCGGUCAUUCAGCUCACAUUGAGUACAGACGCAAGUUGCUGAAAUGUGCAGAUUCUUCGGGUAGUUCUUACACUGAAAUGUUAGACUCUGGUAUUGACGAGACAGAAGGGAGUAGUCUAUUGGGCGAUGAUGAAUCUUCCUGGGAGAUUAAGCAAGACUGCAUGAAAUGGUGCGUCGAACACAACAUUGAAUACGUUGAAGCAUGUGCAUCAAAUGUUGAAUUCGAUAAGUGUUUAUCUGUUGAUGGUGAUUCACAGGGUGUCGAGCGACUCCAAGGGGCAUUGUCAGCAUAUAUGUGGCCCGGAAUGGUACUGAAAUCUGGUGAUAUAAUACAUGAACCUUCAUUACCACAAGAGCAAGAUGUGUCAGAUGACGAGUCUGAGUACGAACUGGAAUAUGAAAUCCUAUCCGCUGGUUCAGCCGAACCAUGGGACAAUGCAGAUGAAGACUGGGUAUCCGCAGACGGUCCCGUUGCAACAACAGGGACGACCGAAUCCAGCAAACCAAAGGAGAAUGGCCGCGAAGGCAACAGUGAAAUCAUUAUCAAAGGAGAACAUGAGCCUCCUUCGGAAUCAGAAUCAGAAUCAGAGACGCCAGGAAAGGAUGGAAGUGAUAAAGGCGCGACAUACAAAUUUGAGGAUUUGGAGCAGUUGAUGGGUGAGAUUGGGAACGUGCGUGACAGCUUGAGGUUAAUGCCGGAUUUCCAGAGGAGGGAGAUGGCGGCGAAUCUUGCCAUGAAAAUGGCUGCCAUGUUUGGGGAUGACAGUGGAGAUGAAGGGCUGGACUGAUCCCAGAGUGUGUUCUUGUAAGCAUUUCUCAUUUGACAUUGCACUAAAGAUCUUAUGAAUACACUACCACACCAAGUCCUCAUUUGUUCAACCAUGGGAGUCAAAAUCAUCAUUGGCCUUAUAGUCUUUUGCUGAUUUUCAAAAAAGGAGCCAAGUCAAUACUAAUGUAUGUUUAUUUGACAUAAAAUUGUGACAUUUUAAUGUGCACUUUAGUCAUCAAUUGGCAUGUACUAUGUAGUUAUAUACUCUGUUAGUUUUAGUUUUCCAAUUUUUUUGUUUUCAUUUGACUCAAUUGCCAACGGCUGUAUUUGUAGCAAUUUCAGUGAUGUCCACCCCUUCGGGGUGACACCCUCGCCAUAAACCGAUGUAAUACCAGUUGGAGCACAAUAAGGGAACCUUCAAACU